ACUUCAGUUUAGUGAAGUUAUUUAGUUUGAACAGGAGAAGCUCCCCACAGGAGACUUCUGUGUUAUACCUCAUAUGGUUUAUUGAAAUUAAAAACUAUGUGGUCUGAUCUAUUAGAUUCGCAGGAGUAAGUGAAGACGUUUUCUGUACUGAUUACGUGAAAAUUCAAAAACGUCCACACACUUCGAUAUACCAAUCAUUGUAGAAAUUUCGUAGAAUCAGUCUAUAGUGUUUGCAAACCUAUAGUUCUCCUCAAGGAGGUCGAUAGUUUUCAUGGGACCACUAGAUGUGAAUGAAUACAAACAUAUUCAGCGUAAAAUUCAUGAUGAAUAAAUUAACCAUCGCAGACUAAUUCAAGAAAUGGAUUUUCUAAGAAAUUUAUCUUUUGAUGAAUCAGUUUGUGAAACAUUUUCAUCAUUAUCAUUCAAGUUAUCAGAAAGCAGUUUUUGGAAUUUGUAUAAGUCAUCGAGUAAUACGGUUAACUCUAAACAAGAAAUAAGAAGCAGUACAAGUAAAGAAAAACCUAAAAUCAUUUUUCCCAAAACAUCGGCUUUGAGAGAAUCAGCCUUCUCAAAGAUAUCUGAUUUGGUCACUACAAAGAGUAAUGAUUAUCAGAAAAGAAAGAUACCGAAAUUUAUGUUAUUUAAAGGGACCAACAGAAGAAAGCAUAACGCUAAAUCAUCAGAAAUUUCUGCUAGUGAAAAUGCGUUGGCUUUGAAGGCCAGUAAAAGCUAUGCAAAGACAAAGUCAAUAACUGAUUCGCAUAUAAAGUUAUCAGGAUUUCGUUUCGAUUUCUUAAAAAUUCCUACACUUGUUAGUGGAAAGAAGCAUUUCGACCAGUAUUUGAUACAAACAUCGGAUGAAAUCCGUGAAACUCACAGAUCACAACAGUGCAAGUCUGAUAAGGCAAAUGUGCAAAAAUCCACUGUCAACCUGAAAAAGAAUUUGUAUGAUCACCUUUUCGAUGAAGCAGUUAUGAAAGCUGAACUGAAAAAUGUUUUAUUUCUAUGGGCAAAGGAAUGUGAGGUUGAAAUUUCAAAGUUACCGUUAAAUAAGAUUGAUCAUAUUUUAAACUGUUCAAAUACAAUUGAAAAUAAAGUUCAAUUACAAGCAAUUGUUUCCAUUGGUCUUUUUGAAAGCAAAUUUGAAAGCAUUGAACUGGACAGACUCCGUGAUUGCCUUCUAUACAAAGGUGCAGAUAUUAUUCUGGCCAUUUGUUUAUGCCUUACUAUAAUGGGCUAUUCAGAUCCAAAAUGUAUUGAAAAACUGUAUGAAUUAAUAACUCUAUGUCAAAAUUCAACAAAGACAGAUGAAGCGUACACUAGCCACUCACUAACAAUUUCAUAUACAUCAUUAAAUCUAAUGAAAUGGGCAGCUGCAAUGUGCUUAGCUAAAUUAAAUCAAUGCAAUCUAGAAAUAAUCAACAUUUUAACGAGACCACUAUUUGAUCAGUUAGUUCAUUUCAUUCCUGAGCAAUAUCCAAAUAACCGUUUUAAAAUACAAACGCAGGAAUCUGAUUUUCCUAUAAAAAAUUCAGCAGAUUUGAAGGAAAAACGAACUCAUUCUUUUGUUUCAAAUCUUUCCAAUAUGAUUAAAUUUGACUUAAAUAAAAGAAAUACUUUUUUAAAUGCAAUUGUUUACUAUUCCGAAGUCAAAAUGGUUUUACGUCUUAGCAGAGAUAAUUCAGAAGUUGAGGACUACUUGACUGAAUUGUUAACUUCCCCGAAUUGGAGAAUAAGACUGUGUUCGUGUUGGCUAUUGUCUGUUAUAUUAUGCAAAUUGAGUAAGAAUACACUUACACGGAUAAAUCGCCUACUCCUACUAGACUGGAACAGUAUGUUGCGAAUAGCAGCUCUCCAUUCUCUUCAAAUUGAAACCAACAGUAUAAAUCAAUCAUUAUUAUGGUGUAACCGAUCAUUCAAUGAUCCAUUCUUGUUAAAUAAUAUCCAAUCUUAUUUUAAGCAAGAAGGAAUACACAAAUCUUCUUUGACCUCUGAAUCAAUGCCUCACCGACGUGCACAAAGAUUAUACCAGCUAUACAAAGAAGGUCUUCCUUCUGCUGAACUGGUUAGACAACUUCAUAUCGCUUUGCUGGAUGAAUACAGCUGUGUACGUGAAAUGGCUUGUGUUAUCAUCAAACAGGAAAAAUUAGCUGGAGAAUCAAUUAUUUUGAAUGAACUACUCAAGAAUGUGAAGAAUGAUGUAAAUAGCAAUGUGAAAUUAAUGGCUUUAAGAGAACGAGUGCAGUCAAUGCAAUCAAUACUAAGGAUGUUUGUUGCGGGAGACGAAAUUCGAGUAUAUAUUGUUUCAAUUCACUGUGCACAAAAUUAAUAUUCCGAGUCUCAGAACAAAUGUGUAGCAUUGUGAUAUGGUGUUCAGUACUACUUCCACGACUGUGGAGUGUUUUUGAACCAACACACAUUAGAUUUACGAAAAGACCCUAAAAGAUCUAGGCUUUCUGCGUAAUGUCGCACUUACUUUAAGGUCUCUUGGCGAAAAUCAGCAAGCUGGCUGGAGAGGCAGGCAGAGAAGACAGGACUUCAAGAAGAUAGAGGUAAUAGAGAAACCUAAUCAACAAUGACAACAAACGUCAGUCACCAUCUUCAGGAAAAAUCUAAUGGGAAUCAUCACUUUCAUUUACUUUUUUUAAUUAUUCCACUCAAAACCCAAUAAGAAUUACAACUAUGUGAUAAACGUAUGUCUUCGUAUAAACUCCACCUAACUUUGUUAAUGGUCAUUAUAAAGAAUUCGAUCAACUAAUUAUAGUGGUUUUAUCCCAAGGUCAGUCAAGACUGGAUGUAGCUUGCUGAAUAUUUUACUCAUCUACAUAUGACAGUCACUGGCUGGUCUGUUUGGGAAUCCAGUUAGGCAGUAUAUAUUAGGCAUAUAUAUAAUUUGCUUUUCUGGUUUUCAAGCACUAAAAACGCUAUCAAGUUGUAAUGUGAGCAGUCCAACUUCAGAAUGUAUUCAGAAUCAACUAUGUGACGCUGUUCAAUGUGAAAUGAAUUCAUAUAUUCGACAAAAACUAUUUCACCUUUUACUAUGGUUUAUAGAAACACGUUUUAUCACAUGUGAUACGAGUGAUCAUUUAAAUAACCAUAAAAUUGAUCUAUUAGCAAAAGAAUCACUUCUCAACGAGUAUAAUUCAUUAAUAGAAAAGUCAGUUGACUUCAAUAAAUUAUUUGAUAUACAAGAUGAUGUAAUUCAUUACAUUUUGAAUUCUUAUGAUCAAAGUGACUGUUUAUCACCAUCGCCAUUAUCAUCACAUAAACUAUACUCGAAUGCUAUACGUGAAGCACUUAUUCCAAAUUACGACAAAUCCAUUAAUGAUGACAGAAUAAAUCAAAUGAAACGGCAUAAAUUACCCUGUGAAUUCUACUCUUUGUAUAAUUCAUUGAAAAAUUCUGUUAAAUAUGACCAAUGUGAAGAAAUUCGAAGCGAAUUAUCGAAAAUGAUAGAACCAAUAUUCUCGCAGAUAUUAGAAAGAGCAAGUGAAAAUGCCCCUGAAAACUGUUAUUAUUCAUAUGACAAUGAUUUCGACCUGUUACGUGCAUUAAUCGAUGAAAAGUGUAAAGAUCUGGUUAAAAUAUGUCAUGAUAUUAUUCAGUACUCUUAAAUCAACACUUUGUUCUAACUUAGUGUUCACAGAAAGAUAAUUAAUUUUGAAACAAUUAAUAUUUUGGCGUUAGUUACUACUCACCGAUGUACAAUAAUUAUUGUCAUUUUGAUGUAUUUAUCUUUAUUUUUACUACUGUAACCAUGGAAUCUUUCCUUUUUUAAAUAUUAGUUUUCAUAUAGUUUUAA